AUCAUUCCAAGGGAAACAGCACAUUUCGGCUCUGCUGAGACAUCACACAGAGGGCAGGGAUGCAGAAAACUAUCACUGGCUGCUUCUUCCAGCAAUUGUAUUCUUCCCUAACUGGCAUUUCAAUGGAGCGAGACCACAUGAAAGAUCUCAGAAGAUACCUGGCACUGAAGUAUAUCCAAUACCUCGUCCUGUCUUCCUCCAAUGCUGUCAGCACCCUCCUGGGCCUGCUGGGCAGCGCCUACACCAUGAUCCUCCUGCAGUCUGCCAAGGUCUCCUCCAAGUCCACUGCAGUCCUCAUUUCCAGCCUGGCCCAGGCAGACAUCCUGGUUUUGCUCAGCCUUGUUUCUGACGUGGUUUCAGGGGGUUUUGGUGCCGCUGUCCCUCCCGCGGCCUCGGCCGUGGCGCGGGUCCUGCUGACGGCCAACGCCCACGUGAGCUGCGUCCUGCUCAGCUGCGUGGCCUUGGAGGCCUACCUGAUCACCUUCCUGCCCUCGGAGUCGCGGCCCCUGCGGACAGUCAGGAACGCCAGGCUGCUGUCCAGGGUGGUCUGGGCGCUGGUGGCCGCAGAGUGUGCCCUGCUCCUCGUGGAUGACCACCUGAGGGCCGGCGGUGCCUCCGCUCCCUCCCGCGGCCCUGUGGGGCUCCUGUUCCAGCUCUGCAGCGCGGCCGCGGCCCUGCUCAGGUCCCUCAGCUACAUCCUGGGAAUUCUGCUGAGGAUUAUCAACGUCUACAUCUACUACAAGAUAUUUUUCAGCAUGUCUCCCAGGUCUAGACUCAAAUCCAAGUAGGAUGUUCCUUCUGGGAAUGCUGGAACAACACAAGGCCCUUCAACACAAUUCCAUUUGGAAGCUGUUCAAUAACCAGGACCAAGACCCACCAGGGAGUUUAAACCUUCCUGAUUCCUGGUACUGUUGAGCUGUUAUUGAGAAGAGUUUGGGGCCGAGGAGCCCCUUGGCAUUAAGACACCACAGCUGGUGUGUGUUUAUUUAGACUUUAUUCACUGUAGAGGUGAAACAAAAGACAUUUCAUGGUUGUAAAUCAACCCCACUGUUUUUUAUAUAAAAAGGGUGCUUAAAUCCUUCCUCAGGGAUCUGUUGAGCCAAGAUUUGUGUAGUUGUUUACUGAAGGAUCUAUGUCCUAAAAUAUUCCUAACUCAGGUGACCCCAGGCUCUGCAGGUGGGAUGGAGAGACAAGGUGAGCACCAAGAUGUCCAAGGUGGGCUCAGGGCACCAGCCCCACCUGGAGAGUUCCUGGGACAGAGCUGGGCUGAGAUGCCCAACCUUGGAACAUUCCUGGAGGUGUUCUUGGGAGGUUGUCACAGCAAAGCAGGGAACAGCUUCUCUCACAUCCUUCUUCAGAAAUAAAAGGGUGGAAAGCUGGAAUGCAGCUGUUUUCUUCAGCCCUAGGAGAGGGAGUUUGAGAACCCCCCUGUGUGGAGGGUUCCAUGUACUGCAUCCAGAGGCAUCUCCAGUGAUGCCAUGGCUGUGGGUUUAGAGGCAGGGAGGGAUUUGCUGGCAUUAACAGAGCUGUCCCACCCACCCUGGCAGUGUGUGGAAGAUCACGGCCACCAAUGUCCUUGUGACCACACUGGAGCUUGGGUAGAUGUGUGAGAGCUGUUCCCAGCCGGUGAUUCCUGGGAUUCCCUCAACAGUCUGGGGUUUUAUCAGCAAAGCACAAAGUGUUCCAGAUACCUCUGAUGCUGCCCAACGCACACAUGGCCGUGGGCACUUCCAAAUCCUCCUGACUUCACAUGGGACCUCCAGGUACAGGCUGUGGUGAGGAGAGACUGAACUUCUGACAGAUGUUCUGUCAUCCUCAGAUCUUUCUUCUACCCCCAGAUCAUUUUGCCAUCCCCAGAUGAUUCUGCCUUUCCCAAAUCCUUGUGCCAUUCCCAGAUCUUUCUGCCAUCCCCAACUUGUGGCUGCAACACCAGCAGCAAGUGCUGAGUGCUGACUUUGCUUCUCAGGAGACUCAAAAGGAAGCUCUGCCAAGGGCUUGGGAUCAGUAAAAGCAGAGAGAAAUGUAAUCAAGUCAAUUAAAGCCUUGGAUGAACAUUCCCAAUCAAAGCUGAUCCCGUCAGCAGGAAGGAUGUCCUAAUAACUUGAUGCACUGUGAUAAGCUGUUCUUGCUCCUGAAGCCUGAAGUGAGAGACUCCCAGGAGAGAUGAAAUGUUAC